AUGUGGCGUUUUGCAGUAGCAAUUUACUGUGGUAUGAGCUCUCUGGUAAGUGUGAUGAAAUCUGGGGAUACAGGGGUACAGUGUGAGUGGUGUGGCAGCAGAUCCCCUCAGUUUUACCUUGUAGGACAAGUCCAGUUUUUCCUGGUAAGUCCAGUGUGAGGAGAACCAGAACAUUCUCAUCCCGUGCUUGGUUACCUUCUAUAACAAUAUGAUAAAUAAUAUUAUAAUUGGUAAGAAUACAAAGAAUGAUUUCAUAUCUCACUCCCUAAGUGAUAGGACGCUUUCUAUAUAAUGCCGCCUUGUAGCUGGACCAUAAAGAAUUAUUAAACUCUUAAUCCCAUUUACUAUUCUCUUAAAUAAAUCCAAACACUUUAACGAGAGCUCAGUUUCUGUAUUCAUUUCUCUUUAUUACACAUUGCCUAAAGCUGUGUGAGAAUUUAAAUAUUUUAUAUUUUUAAUGGGCAUUAUCACAUUAAAUAGCUAGUUUCUCUGACUGGCUCAUAGUGACAGACGUGUCCGGCCCUUGCCGAGUAUCACAUUAAAUCUCUAGUUUCCCUGACUAGCUCACAGUGACAGACGUGUCCGGCCCUUGCCGAGUAUCACAUUAAAUCUCUAGUUUCUCUGACUGGCUCACAGUGACAGACGUGUCCGGCCCCUGCUGAGUAUCACAUUAAAUCUCUAGUUUCUCUGACUGGCUCACAGUGACAGACGUGUCCGGCCCCUGCUGAGUAUCACAUUAAAUCUCUAGUUUCUCUGACUGGCUCACAGUGACAGACGUGUCCGGCCCCUGCUGAGUAUCACAUUAAAUCUCUAGUUUCUCUGACUGGCUCACAGUGACAGACGUGUCCGGCCCCUGCUGAGUAUCAAAUUAAAUCUCUAGUUUCUCUGACUGGCUCACAGUGACAGACGUGUCCGGCCCCUGCUGAGUAUCACAUUAAAUCUCUAGUUUCUCUGACUGGCUCACAGUGACAGACGUGUCCGGCCCCUGCCGAGUAUCACAUUAAAUCUCUAGUUUCUCUGACUAGCUCACAGUGACAGACGUGUCCGGCCCUUGCCGAGUAUCACAUUAAAUCUCUAGUUUCUCUGACUGGCUCACAGUGACAGACGUGUCCGGCCCCUGCUGAGUAUCACAUUAAAUCUCUAGUUUCUCUGACUGGCUCACAGUGACAGACGUGUCCGGCCCUUGCCGAGUAUCACAUUAAAUCUCUAGUUUCCCUGACUAGCUCACAGUGACAGACGUGUCCGGCCCCUGCAGAUUAUCACAUUAAAUCUCUAGUUUCUCUGACUGGCUCACAGUGACAGACGUGUCCGGCCCCUGCUGAGUAUCAAAUUAAAUCUCUAGUUUCUCUGACUGGCUCACAGUGACAGACGUGUCCGGCCCCUGCUGAGUAUCACAUUAAAUCUCUAGUUUCUCUGACUGGCUCACAGUGACAGACGUGUCCGGCCCCUACAGAUUAUCACAUUAAAUCUCUAGUUUCUCUGACUGGCUCACAGUGACAGACGUGUCCGGCCCUUGCUGAGUAUCACAUUAAAUCUCUAGUUUCUCUGACUGGCUCACAGUGACAGACGGCCCGGCCCCUGCAGUAUCACAUUAAAUCUCUAGUUUCUCUGACUGGCUCACAGUGACAGACGUGUCCGGCCCCUGCUGAGUAUCACAUUAAAUCUCUAGUUUCUCUGACUGGCUCACAGUGACAGACGUGUCCGGCCCCUGCUGAGUAUCACAUUAAAUCUCUAGUUUCUCUGACUGGCUCACAGUGACAGACGUGUCCGGCCCCUGCUGAGUAUCAAAUUAAAUCUCUAGUUUCUCUGACUGGCUCACAGUGACAGACGUGUCCGGCCCCUGCUGAGUAUCACAUUAAAUCUCUAGUUUCUCUGACUGGCUCACAGUGACAGACGUGUCCGGCCCCUGCCGAGUAUCACAUUAAAUCUCUAGUUUCCCUGACUAGCUCACAGUGACAGACGUGUCCGGCCCUUGCCGAGUAUCACAUUAAAUCUCUAGUUUCUCUGACUGGCUCACAGUGACAGACGUGUCCGGCCCCUGCUGAGUAUCACAUUAAAUCUCUAGUUUCUCUGACUGGCUCACAGUGACAGACGUGUCCGGCCCUUGCCGAGUAUCACAUUAAAUCUCUAGUUUCCCUGACUAGCUCACAGUGACAGACGUGUCCGGCCCCUGCAGAUUAUCACAUUAAAUCUCUAGUUUCUCUGACUGGCUCACAGUGACAGAUGUUUCUCUCCAGGUUGGAGCCAAUCAGCUUCUCUGUGACAUGCUGAAUGUUGUGCGUCAGCAGGAGGAACUAUGCAGCGAGGAGCUCAGCGCGGAGCGGAACAAUAAAUCUGGCAGUCACUGGGAACAGGAAGGUAAGUGAUGGGUUGCCUGAGCGGGCACUCAGUCCACACUAUGUUUAACAUAGAUCUCCCCGUUAAAUAUUUCUGGUGAACUGAUUCUGUGGCUCCGCGCAGGCGACCAUAUCCUCCAAUCCUGCGGCAGCCAAUAGGAAGCUACGCUGCUACUCUGAAAUAGUAUGGAAUACUAUAACUAUAGAAUAGUAUAUCAUGUGAUAACUAAUAUAGUAUAUCAUGUGAUAACUAAUAUAGUAUAUCAUAUAAUAAAUAAUAUAGUAUAUCAUAUAUUAAAUAAUAUACUUAUCAUGUGAUAAAUAAUAUAGGGUAUCUUAUAAUAAAUAUAGUAUAUCAUGUGAUAACUAAUAUAGUAUGUCAUAUAAUAAAUUAUAUAGUGUAUCAUAUAUUAAAUAAUAUAAUAUAGUGUAUCAUAUAAUAAAUAAUAUAGUAUAUCAUGUGAUAAAUAAUAUAGGGUGUCAUAUAAUAAAUAAUAUAGUAUAUCAUGUGAUAAAUAAUAUAGUAUAUCAUGUGAUAAAUAAUAUAGGGUGUCAUAUAAUAAAUAAUAUAGUAUAUCAUGUGAUAAUAUAGUAUAUCAUGUGAUAAAUAAUAUUGUAUAAUAUAGUGUAUCAUAUAAUAAAAAUAUAGUAUAUAAUUUGUGUGUAAGGAGUCUGUCUGUAAGGAGUCUGUUUAGAUUGGGGUCUGCCUAUAAGGGGUCUGUCUGUAAGGAGUCAGUUUAGAUGGGGCUCUGUCUGUAAGGGGUCUGUUUAGAUGGGGGUCUGUCUAUAAGGGGUCUGUCUGGAAGGGGUCUGUUUAGAUGGGGCUCUGUCUGUAAGGGGUCUGUUUAGAUGGGGGUCUGUCUAUAAGGGGUCUGUUUAGAUGGGGGUCUGCCUAUAAGGGGUCUGUCUGUAAGGAGUCAGUUUAGAUGGGGCUCUGUCUGUAAGGGGUCUGUUUAGAUGGGGGUCUGUCUAUAAGGGGUCUGUCUGGAAGGGGUCUGUUUAGAUGGGGCUCUGUCUGUAAGGGGUCUGUUUAGAUGGGGGUCUGUCUAUAAGGGGUCUGUUUAGAUGGGGGUCUGCCUAUAAGGGGUCUGUCUGUAAGGAGUCAGUUUAGAUGGGGCUCUGUCUGUAAGGGGUCUGUUUAGAUGGGGGUCUGUCUAUAAGGGGUCUGUUUAGAUGGGGGUUUCUCUAUAAGGAGUUUGUCUAAAGGGGUCUGUUUGUAGGAGGUAUGUCUAUAACGAGUUUGUUUAGAUGGGGGUCUGUCUAUAAAGGGUUUGUUUAGAUGGGGGUCUGUCUGUAAGGGGUCUGUUUAGAUGGGGGGUCUGUCUAUAAGGGGUCUGUUUAGACGGGGGUCUGUCUGUAAAGAGUUUGUUUAGAUGGGGGUCUGUCUGUAAGGGGUCUGUCUAUAAGGGGUCUGUAAGGGGUCUGUUUAGAUGGGGGUCUGUCUAAAGGGUCUGUUUAGAUGGGGGUCUGUCUGUAAGGGGUCUGUUUAAAUGGGGGUCUGUCUAUAAGGGGUCUGUCUGUAAGGGGUCUGUUUAGAUGGGGGUCUGUCUAUAAAGGGUCUGUUUAGAUGGGGGUCUGUCUAUAAGGGGUCUGUCUGUAAGGGGUCUGUUUAGAUGGGGGUCUGUCUAUAAGGGGUCUGUCUAUAAGGGGUCUGUCUAUAAGGGGUCUGUCUGUAAGGGGUCUGUCUAUAAAGGGUCUGUUUAGAUGGGGGUCUGUCUGUAAGGGGUCUGUUUAGAUGGGGGUCUGUCUAUAAGGGGUCUGUCUGUAAGGGGUCUGUUUAGAUGGGGGUCUGUUUAGAUUGGGGUCUGUCUAUAAGGGGUCUGUUUAGAUGGGGUCUGUCUGUAAAGGGUCUGUUUAGAUUGGGUCUGUUUAGAUGGGGGUCUGUCUAUAAGGGGUCUGUCUGUAAGGGGUCUGUUUAGAUUGGGUCUGUUUAGAUUGGGGUCUGUCUAUAAGGGGUCUGUUUAGAUGGGGGUCUGUCUGUAAAGGGUUUGUUUAGAUUGUGGUCUGUCUGUAAGGGGUCUGUAUAGAUAGUAACCAAAGAUAGUGUUACCCUCCCGUUGGUUGGGGUAGUUUUUCACAGAUUGUUAUUAUUUGCGUUUAUUGUAGGCUGUGCUGGAAUGUGGGAUAAUCUGAGCUGCUGGCCGUCUGCUCCCCUCGGAGACACCAUCACCAAGCCAUGUCCACAAAUCCUGCAAGCUAUUACCGGAAUAACAGGUACUGGCGCAAUACAGAGGCAGAGAGAGACACAAUACAGAGAGAGAUACAAUACAGAGAGAGACACACACAAUACAGAGAGACACACACAAUACAGAGAGAGAUACACAAUACAGAGAGAGAUACACAAUACAGAGAGAGACACAAUACAGAGAGAGAUACAAUACAGAGAGAGACACACAAUACAGAGAGACACACACAAUACAGAGAGACACAAUACAGAGAGAGACACACAAUACAGAGAGAGAGACACAAAAUACAGAAAGAGACACACAAUACCUGCGGUGGUUAUAGCUCCCUGCGGUGGUUAUAGCUCUCUGCGGUGGUUAUAGUUCCUUGCAGUGGUAAUAGCUCUCUGCGGUGGCUAUAGCUCUGUGCGGUGGUUAUAGUUUCUUGCAGUGGUUAUAGUUCCCUGCAGUGGUAAUAGCUCUCUGCGGUGGUUAUAGUUCCCUGCAGUGGUAAUAGCUCUCUGCGGUGGUUAUAGCUCCCUGCGGUGGUUAUAGUUCCCUGCGGUGGUUAUAGUUCCCUGCGGUGGUUAGAGCUCCCUGCGGUGGUUAUAGUUCCCUGCGGUGGUUAUAGUUCCUUGCAGUGGUUAUAGUUCCCUGCCGUGGUAAUAGCUCUCUACGGUGUUUAUAGCUCUGUGCGGUGUUUAUAGUUCCUUGCAGAGGUUAUAGUUCCCUGCAGUGGUAAUAGCUCUCUGCGGUGAUUAUAGUUCCCUGUGGUGGUUAUAGUUCCCUGCCGUGGUAAUAGCUCUCUGCGGUGUUUAUAGCUCUGUGCGGUGGUUAUAGUUCCUUGCAGUGGUUAUAGUUCCCUGCAGUGGUAAUAGCUCUCUGCGGUGGUUAUAGUUCCCUGCGGUGGUUAUAGCUCCCUGCGGUGGUUAUAGAUCCCUGCGGUGGUUAUAUCUCUCUGCGGUGGUUAUAGCUCCCUACAGUGGUUAGAGCUCCCUGCGGUGGUUAGAGCUCCCUGCGGUGGUUAUAGUUCCCUGUGGUGGUUAUAGCUCCCUGUGGUGGUUAUAGAUCCCUGCGGUGGUUAUAGCUCCCUGCCGUGGUUAUAGAUCCCUGCCGUGGUUAUAUGUCCCCCAAAAACGCCUUUACAUGGACCUUGUAUGUCCCUAGAUUGCACCGAGUGCCCUUACUGUUCAAUCAGUGUCCUAAUUAUAGCUUCCACACUAGAGCAUGUUAAAGAUGUACUUGGUCGCAGCAAUUCUCCAAUCCAGCACAGAGUUCCAGGCAUGCGGCUGGUUAGUCUCAUAAAAUGGGGUUCCUGACGCUCGGAAGAGAGCAUCAACCCCCCACACGUUGUAUAUCCCUGCAUAGCUCGUCACCAAGCAUCCUUACUAACAAAAUAGUGUCCUGAUCGGUUUCAGGGUAUCUCUGGUCAGGCGUUCGAUGUGCAGGAUGGGUCCAAACAAUCCCCAGCAUUCCCCAUUUCCAGCUGUCAGGCAGAAGACGCAUCCAGGAGUCUCCAUAACCCCUUCCCAUCGUGACAAUAGCCCUUUUUUUUCGUUCAUGUUGGAGAGGGGUUUUGUGACAACAUUAAGCUGUAAUAACACAAUGAGAUGUAAUAAUACACUGAGCUGCAAUAAUACAAUAAACUGUAAUAACACAAUGAGCUGUAAUAAUACAAUAAGCUGUAAUAAUAAACUGAGUUGUAAUAAUACAAUAAGCUGUAAUAACACAAUGGGCUGUGAUAAUACAAUAAGCUGUGAUAAUACAAUAAGCUGUAAUAACACAAUGAGCUGUGAUAAUACAAUAAGCUGUGAUAAUACAAUAAGCUGUAAAAACACAAUGCGCUGUAGUAACACAAUGAGCUGUACUAACACAAUAAGCUGUAAUACCACAAUGAGCUGUAAUAAUACAAUAGGCUGUAAUCACACAAAGAGCUGUAAUAAUAGUGUAAUAACGCAAUGAGCUGUAAUACCACAAUAAGCUGUAAUAGUACAAUAAGCUGUGAUAAUACAAUGAGCUGUACUAACACAAUGAGCUGUAAUAAUAUAAUAAGCUGUGAUAAUACAAUUAGCUGUAAUAAUACAAUAAGCUGUGAUAAUGCAAUGAGCUGUAAUGACACAAUAAGCUGUGAUAAUACAAUGAGCUGUGAUAACACAAUGAGCUGUAAUAACACAAUGAGCUGUACUAACACAAUGAGCUGUGAUAAUACAAUGAGCUGUAAUAACACAAUGAGCUGUGAUAAUACAAUGAGCUGUGAUAAUACAAUAAGCUGUAAUAACACACUUAGCUGUAAUUCGUAUGUUGCAUAGAUAAAAUGUAUCACAAUCCGUGUAGCCCAUUCGAGUAGUGGGAAUUGUAUUAUUGCAAUGUAUCCCCUUUAUUGACUAAUUAUAGUCGUUCACUAAUUGGGGUUAGGCCCAUGAUUCCUAGAAGGGAGGGCACUGCCAGUCAAUUCCAAUAUUUCCCCUGUAACUGGCAUAGAAUGUGAUGGUUGUUCUAUAAAAUCGCCCCCCCCUGUACACAGUGCACCUUCUGUCACUGCUUAGGGUCAGUCCACAGGAACUGCACAGAGACAGGAUGGACAGGAAUCUUUCCCCCUGUACACGUGGCCUGCGGAUACGAUGUCAACGACACAGUGGUCGAGGAUGUGGUAAGCGAGUUUCCAUAUUUACCCUAGGGCGCGCUAAAUGAUAUUUUUCAGGGUAAGAUUGUGGAUUUGUGUUAUAUGUUAACAUGUCCAGUGUGUGUAGAGCACAAUGUGGGAGCUUUGGCAAAAUGGCAAAUGCUGACAAUUUUUUUAUUUGUAGCUUUUUUUAUGCCCUAAUUUUCAUUAGAUCAACAGAGGGGAGAUAAUGACUGGUGACUGAGAACAAUUAAUAUGGCGAAACUAAAGAGCGAUAAAAAUCCCAGACUGGAAAAUGUUUAUGACUUAACUUGUUUUUUCUGCUCAGUGAUUUGUUGUUUUUUUUAUUGAUGCUGGUGAAUAAAACCGUCAUUUGUGCUGCGCAUGUAUAAAAUAAUUACAGAAGACAGAGUGUCACAGAUAUGGUCGAUAAAUGGCGCAGACGAUGGAAUAGUUAUGGUGGAGUGAUGGUUUUACACGACUUGCGGGAUUUCCAUACUCUGUGCUCACCAGUAGGGGACAGGGUGUCCUAUGGUCAGAUGGCUUGUGUCAGAUUUGAGGUCUGGGUAGAAUGGGGAGCAGUCAGUAACAAUGGGAGGAGCUAUAUUGCAUAUUUUCUAUCUGAAUAUUAAAACACUGCGCAAUAGGCAUGGUAAUAAACUGUAAACACCUCCAGGCAAAUUUGGCAAUACUCAAAGUCACAGGCUGGCUUGUAUUCAUAUUUGAAGCUUAUAUUAAUGUUCAUGCAGCGUAUAAAGCACAGGGGAGGAUAAAACAGGAUUAAAGGCAUAUCCUGGCAUUGGCCUAUGAUGGUUAUUACUGUGUGCACUGAAUCCUGUGCAUGUUCUCUAGAAAGCCUAUUACAUGCAUCUGAAAACGCUGUACUCCGUGGGCUACGGGACCUCACUUGCAUCUCUGUCGCUCGCACUGGUCCUCCUAGCGUCCUUCCGGUGAGUACGGUUCAUGCAAACACCUCGCUGUAAUAACAAUCCGCUUAAUUCAGGUUAAUGUUACUCACUGCUCUCUCAUUGGUUGCAGGAGGCUACGCUGUACCCGGAACUACAUUCACAUGCACCUGUUUGCAUCGUUUAUCCUGCGAGCGAUGUCCAUCUUUAUAAAGGACGCUGCGCUCUUCUCUCUGGAUGACGCCCAGCACUGCAAUGUAUACAUGGUAAGGGGGGCCUGGCAUGGCAUCACGAGAGAACGCUUGCUGUGUCUCUGCUAGAGGGGGAGCAGCACAGGGUGCCAUGUGUGGACACCACGAUUGGCCUGUGGGAAUGAUUAUUAGGAGUUAUUUACUAAGCGGACAAUCAACGUCUAGAUUACUUACAUUUAGCUGACGUGGAGAGAAACCUCUAAUUUGUUACAGUAAAAUCACUAUAAUACACUGCUCACUAAUAUAUAUAUAUAUAUAUAUAUAUAUAUAUAUAUAUAGUUAUAUUUAUCAUGUUUCCCCCUAACGUGUCUCCUUGAGAGCCGCAAAUUUAUAUCCUUCAAAAGGAUCUCCUCCCAACUCGUUAAAUUCAUUUGGAUUCAGUUUAUAUAGUGAAUAAAUCACAGCAGUUAAACAUUUAUUUCACACGAGCAGAAUGAACAUAGUGUCUGGUGAAUUAUGUGAACUAUAGGGAAUGAUAGUAAAUUAUAGUGAACUGUAGUGAAAUGUAGUGUAUUGUAGUGAACUAAAGUAUAUGAUACAUUUUCUUGAAUUGGAGUAUACUAUAGUGUAUUAUAGUGAAUUCUAGUGAAAUGCAGUGUAUUAUAGUGAGUUAAAAUGACACUAUUGUCAGCAGAACAACUACAGCUUAUGGAAUGAUAUACAGCUUAUUGUAUAGGACACAGAUCAUUGUAUAGGAUGCAGCUUAUUGGAUUUGUUCUGGUGAGUAGAAUCAUUACCUUCAGGCUUUUUGCUGUAAGCAUGGUCUUUUCAGAGAAAAUGCAGUGUUUACAUUACAGCCUAGUGAUAACUUCACUGGCCACUCCUCAGAUGGCUGUUAGAGAUCCUUCCUGACUCAUGGCUGCCUAAAAUGCAUCCAAACAUUCAGUAUCUCCUCCCUCUGCAGACACUGAACUAUCCUCAUAGAGAUUCAUUGAUUCAAUGUAUCUCUAUGAGGAGAUGCGGAUUGGCCAGGGCUGUGUUUGAAUCAUGCUGGCUCUGACCCUGAUCUGCCUCUUUGUUAGUCUCAGCCAAUCCUAUGGGGAAGCACUGUGAUUGGAUCAGGGCACCACUUCUAAUGAUGUCAGCAGACAGCUUGUUUUUAUGAGUCUAACAGCAUGCAGAUCUACAGCUUCAGGCUUGAAUACAGUAAGAUUUUGCUAUAUUUAUAGAGGCAUGAGAGGCCCUGAGGUGCUAGUUGGUGGUUUUAACACUAUAGGGUCAGGAAUACAUGUUUGUGUUCCUGACUCUAUAGUGAACCUUGAAAGUAUACUAUAGUGAAUUAUAGUGAAAUAUAGUGUAUUAUAGUGAGUUAAAGUAUACUGUAGUGAACUCUAGUGAAAUGCAGUCUAUUAUAGUGAGUUAAAGUAUACUAUAGUGAAUUAUAGUAAAAUGUAGUGCAUUAUAGUGAGUUAAAGUAUACUAUAGUGAAUUCUAGUGAAAUACAGUCUAUUCUAGUGAGUUAAAGUAUAGUAUAGUGAAUUCUGGUGAAAUGUAGUGUAUUAUAGUGAGUUAAAGUAUACUGUAGUGAACUCUAGUGAAAUGCAGUCUAUUAUAGUGAGUUAAAGUAUACUAUAGUGAAUUCUAGUGAAAGAUAGUGUAUUAUAGUGAGUUAAAGCAUACUAUAGUGAAUAUUAGUGAAAUACAGUCUAUUCUAGUGAAUUAAAGUAUAGUAUAGUGAAUUCUAGGGAAAUUUAGUAUAUUAUAGUGAGUUGUUAUAGUAUAGUGAAAGGUAGUGUAUUAUAGUGAAUUAUUGUGAAAUUUUGUGUAUUAUAGUGAGUUAAAGUAUACUGUAGUGAACUCUAGUGAAAUGCAGUCUAUUAUAGUGAGUUAAAGUAUACUAUAGGGAAUGCUAGUGAAAUGUAGUGUAUUAUUGAAAAUUCUAGUGAAAGGUAGUGUAUUAUAGUGAGUUAAAGUAUACUAUAGGGAAUUCUAGUAAAAUAGGCUAUUAUAGUGAGUUAAACUAUAGUAUAGUGAAUUCUAGUGAAAUUUAGUGUAUUAUAGUGUGUUAAAUUAUACUAUAGUGUCUUGUAGUGAGUUAAAGUAUACUGUAGUGAAUUCUAGUGAAAUUUAGUGUAUUAUAGUGUGUUAAAUUAUACUAUAGUGUCUUGUAGUGAGUUAAAGUAUACUAUAGUGAAUUCUAGUGAUAUGUAGUGUAUUCUAGUGAGUUAAAGUAUACUAUAGUGAAUUCUAGUGAAAUGUAGUGUAUUAUAGUGCGUUAAAGUAUACUAUAGUGAAUUCUAGUGAAAUGUAGUGUAUUUUAGUGCGUUAAAGUAUACUAUAGUGAAUUCUAGUGAAAUGUAGUGUAUUCUAGUGCGUUAAAGUAUACUAUAGUGAAUUCUAGUGAAAUGUAGUGUAUUAUAGUGAGUUAAAGUAUACUAUAGUGAAUUCUAGUGAAAUGUAGUGUAUUCUAGUGAGUUAAAGUAUACUAUAGUGAAUUCUAGUGAAAUGUAGUGUAUUAUAGUGCGUUAAAGUAUACUAUAGUGAAUUCUAGUGAAAUGUAGUGUAUUUUAGUGCGUUAAAGUAUACUAUAGUGAAUUCUAGUGAAAUGUAGUGUAUUCUAGUGCGUUAAAGUAUACUAUAGUGAAUUCUAGUGAAAUGUAGUGUAUUAUAGUGAGUUAAAGUAUACUAUAGUGAAUUCUAGUGAAAUGUAGUGUAUUCUAGUGAGUUAAAGUAUACUAUAGUGAAUUCUAGUGAUAUGUAGUGUAUUAUAGGGAAUUCUAGUGAAUAUCUGAAAAAGAAAGAAGCAGAGGCAUGUGGAAGCCAUCUCAUGACUUGAUCCAUUUACACAUUGUUUCAUUUGUAUCCAAUUAAGUAAGCAUUUUAUUUCAUGAAAUAUGAGGGACUGUUCCUCCUGUGUCAGGGCACUUGGCAGUUUAGUGUGGUACUCUGGCCUAAAGUUUUAAAAUCACUUAGAAAUCUCACGUUAGUAAAUAACUAGUGAAUAAUCCCUUAAACUGUGAGUAGUUGGGAAUUCAGGUAGGAAUCACAAAGUGCGCCAAAAGCUAGCUUUCUGUCACUAAAUCCUUAGAGUUGCUGGUUUAGUUAAUAACACUCUAACAGGGAUAGUCACUGAAGUGAUAAUUGUGGGAAUGCAAAGGAAAUUUCAAAUUUAAAGUACCCAAACUAGAAGCAUAGAUGACUGUGAGAAUGUAUUCAUUUUGCCUAUUUUGGCCUUAAAGGGACACUAUAGUCACCAAAACAAGUUUAGCUUAAUGUAGCAGUGUUGGUGUAUAGAUCAUGCCCCUGCAGUCUCACUGUUCAAUUCUCUGCCCUUUAGGAGUUAAAUCACUGUGUUGCCACACCUCUCUGCAUGUGACUUGCACAAUCUUCCUAAUCACUUCCUGUAAAGAGAGAUCUAGUGUUUACACUUCUCUUAUUUCACAUUUAGCUUAAUGAAAGAUGUCUUAUCUCCUGCACUAUUAAUAGCUUUCUAGACCCCACAGGAGCGUUCAGUGUAUUUUAGAGGAUUAAUUUACAGAGCAGGAGAUAAACACAUCUUAAGCAAGUUAAAGUCAGUCACAGCCAGGGGAGGUGUGACUGGGGCUGUAUAAACAGAAACAAAGUGAUUUAUUUAUUAUUCAUUUUUGCUGGUAUUUAUAAAGCCACAGCGCUGUACAAUUAGGGGAGAACGUACAAUACAAAAGGUAGAGCGGGCCUUGCCUGUAAGCUGAAAUCUAGCCAUUGAAGCUAUUUAUACAAAGUGCUUAGCUAGACAGCCCGUGAGCUUACAAUCUAAAUUUAACUCCUAAAUGGCAGAGAAUUUAACAGAGAGACUGCAGGGCCUGAUCUAUAAACUGCUUCAUUAAAAGACCACUCUAGGCACCCAGACCACUUCAGCUUAAUGAAGUGGUCUGGGUGCCAGGUCCAGCUAGGGUUAACCCAUUUUUUUUUAUUUUUAUAAACAUAGCAACUUCAGAGAAACUGCUAUGUUUAUGUUAGGGUUAAUCCAGCCUCUAAAGCCUCUAGUGCAGGGGUAGGCAACCUACGGCACUCGGGGCUGCUAGAGCCAAACAGGCUCUGGCUACCAGGAGUCCCAGUAAAACAUCAGAUAUCUGCUAAUACGAAGAGGUGGUGAAGGACAAUCCUCAAUUUAUGCAUUGCAGCACGUAGAGUAAGUGAUCUCAGAUCACUGCCUCCCAGCACUUGUGAAUGGGAAUCCACACUGUAGUAGAGCAGCCCGCAGCUUCCUGUUGCAGCGCCUGUCCUUGACCUGUACCUGGCCAGCCUGGUCCCCACUAAAACCCAGGGAAGCCUCCCACACUGCUAGAUAUACAGAGAACUGCAGAAUAACCCUCCCCUCAUACAAAUAAUACGGACAGCCCACACACAGACAUACACACAAUCCGCACAAAUGUAACACCACUAACAAUCCACAUACAUGCACACAACGCCACAUGCAGCCUUUCACAUGCAAUACCCCAAACAGCCCCCACACACUACCAAACACACAAUGUGACAUAUCCAUCCACACACACAAUUCCACAAGCAGCCCCCAUACACAGCCCACAUUCAUAUGUAUCAUACACGAUACCACAAACUACUAAUGAACAUAUACAAUAUAAUAGCUCAUAUACGCACAAAUACAACGAUACAAAGCAAUUACAGUAAAAAUAACACAAGCAGAAUACGCACCUCAAAAAUAGGACCGGCACGCUACGGGACAUCACAAUCCUAUAUCGGCACAGUGCUGCUAAAAGGUUGCCUACCCCUGCUCUAGUGGCUGUCUCAUUGACAGCCGCUAGAGGCGUUUGCAUGCUUCUCACUGUGAAAAUCACAGUGAGAGCACGCAAGCGUCCAUAGAAAAGCAUUAUGAAUGCUUUAUUUAUUAUAAAUUUUUGCUGGUAUUUGCGCAUUCAGCUUUCCUAUGAGACUGGCUGAAUGUGCACGCAGCUCCUGCUGCGCAUGCGCAUUCAGCCGAAGAGGAGGAGGAGAGCUCCCCACCCGGCGCUGGAGAAAGGUAACAUUUUAACCCCUUCCUCUCUCCAGAGCCCGGCGGGAGGGGGACCCUGAGGGUGGGGGAAAACGAGUAUGUUUUCCUGGCACUAUAGUGGUCCUUUAAGGCAAAGUUGUUUUGGUGACUAUAUAGACCCUUUAGAUAUGAAAUUGAAUUUGAUUUCGACAAUUCUCCCUUUAGUAAAAAAACACUGUGUGAAAUAUUCUCAAUUUUCAUGGAUUUCCAGAUUUAUAUUCAGUACAUUGGAAACGGUUUGAUAAUUGUACAUUCUGUAUGGCGAUGGCAUUUCUCUAAUUUGGCUGUGUGUCUGUUUUCAGAAAAGGUGUAAAUACGUCAUGAUAUUCUUCCAGUAUUGCAUCAUGGCCAAUUACAGCUGGUUACUGGUGGAAGGUCUCUAUCUCCACACCCUGCUGGUUAUCUCCUUCUUCUCAGAGUGGAAGUACUUCUGCUGGUAUAUUGGACUCGGCUGGGGUAGGUACUAGGAUUAAUGCCACUGGCAGAGCCAAGACAGGGUAGAUCUGGCUGCAGCUAAACCAUGACCUAGUCUUCUGUUUCAGGAUCCCCUCUGAUAUUUAUCAUUGCGUGGUCACUGUGUCGCCAUCUGUACGAGGACACUGGGUAAGGCGCAACAUUUAAACAUACCUUCACAUACAAACAUAAUCAUCUGCUAUACACACAUAUGCACACACAGUCCCACAUAGACACACACACAUAUACACACAAUCACACAAAUACAAACAAUCACACACAUACACACAAAAUAACACAUACACACAAUCACACACACAUAUACACAUACAAACAUAUACACAUAGACUAUAGAAUGUGACGGCAGAUAAGAACCAUUCGGCCCAUCUAGUCUGCCCAAUUUUCUAAAUACUUUCAUUAGUCCCUGGCCUUAUCUUAUAGUUAGGAUAGCCUUAUGCCUAUCCCACGCAUGCUUAAACUCCUUUACUGUGUGAACCUCUACCACUUCAGCUGGAAGGCUAUUCCAUGCAUCCACUACCCUCUCAGUAAUGUAAUACUUCCUGAUAUUAUUUUUAAACCUUUGUCCCUCUAAUUUAAGACUAUGUCCUCUUGUUGUGGUAGUUUUUCUUCUUUUAAAUAUAGUCUCCUCCUUUACUGUGUUGAUUCCCUUUAUAUAUUUAAAUGUUUCUAUCAUAUCCCCCCUGUCUCGUCUUUCCUCCAAGCUAUACAUGUUAAGAUCCUUUAACCUUUCCUGGUAAGUUUUAUCCCGCAAUCCAUGAACCAGUUUAGUAGCCCUUCUCUGAACCCUCUCUAAGGUAUCAAUAUCCUUCUGAAGAUACGGUCUCCAGUACUGUGUACAAUACUCCAAGUGAGGUCUCACCAGUGUUCUGUACAAUGGCAUGAGCACUUCCCUCUUUCUACUGCUAAUACCUCUCCCUAUACAACCAAGCAUUCUGCUAGCAUUUCCUGCUGCUCUAUUACAUUGUCUGCCUACCUUUAAGUCAUCAGAAAUAAUCACCCCUAAAUCCCUUUCCUCAUAUGUUGAGGUUAGGACUCAAUCAAAUAUUCUGUACUCUGCCUUGGGUACUAUCACACAUAGACAAUCACACACAAUCACACACACACAUAUACACAUACAGUCAAACAAAGACAAUCACAAACAGUCACACUCAAACACAUAUACACAUAGACAAUCACACACAUCUAGUCAUCUGCUAUACACACACAUACACACACAAUCACACACAUAUACACACACAAUCACACACACAAUCACACACACAUAUAUACACAUACAGUCAUAUAGACAGUCACACUCAAUCAUACACAUAUACACAUAGACAAUCACACAUAGCCAAUCACGCACACACAUAUACACACACAGUCACACAUAAACAAUCACACACAUACACACAGAAUUGCACACACAUAAAUACACACAAUCACACACAUAUACACAUAGACAAUCACACACAUACACAUAGACAAUCACACGUAGUCACACACACACAUAUAUACACAUAGACAAUAAUACACAUUUACACGCAAUCAAACACAUUUAUACACAUAGACAAUCACACACAUACACAAUCAUGGCCACCAAAAUGAAAACAAGGCGUGUUCCAGUGGGAGUUAGUGAAAAUAGAUGAGUGGAACAUAGAAUGAAUCAAAACUACAAUAAAACAUACCUUUGAUGGAAUUACUUUAAUGAAUGCGCAUAUAAACAAAUAUAAAAUUCACACUCAUGAAGUAUCACCUUGAUGGUGCGUUAAAAAUAAAUACUGAUAACCGUAGACACCCUUCCGUCUUACAAGGGUACAAUAUACCUAAUAUGGUUUAAUAUGUUAAAUCAACAUUAUCAAUCAGAUAAAAUCUCAUGAUAAUAUGCUUAUUGAAGUGGACUCCGGGUAACUCGACUAGUUACCUCCGCUAUCAGCCAGACUGGAGCCUUGUAUGAUUAAGCUUGUGUUCCCACAGUAACUAGACGAGACCUAGUUUAUUCAGACAAAACAUGCUCAAUUUAUACACAGACCCCCCAGUAGGGUCCUCCAUACAGAAAUAUUGCAAGCCACUCCAUGGCGUCCCUGUGUCUGGGAGGUAUUUGAGUCAGGAAACUGUAACUCGAUUAUCUCUCAGUUACAAGGAAACAUGUACAAUAUAUCUACAAUCCCCCAAAAGAAUCCCCAAUAUCGACAGGAACCCCACAAGUGUCAUAUCACUGGAUAGACCCCAAGUUGGCCACAUAGCACUCAGAUCCAUUCAGUAGAAUAGAAUCACCACCGGGGUAAAGUUCUGACCACCCAGCUUGUAGGGGAACAAGCUCCACAGUAUGACUAUUGACUACGUUCGGUAGUUUGUUAAUUUUUAAACUACCAAACUUGCCCAACCGUUAGCAGUGAUUUCAUGGAACUGUUUUGGGCAUAGGACCAGGUGCACGGUCGGUCAAAUUAUGACUUCCAUAGAAAUCCCAAACCCCUGGACAGAUUUUGGUGAUUAUUGCAUAUGUUGGUCACCCAGAUCGAGACUAUCACGGAAUGUAACUUUUGGGGUGUUUUCAUAUGUUUUGGGGUACUUUUGGGGUGUUUCAAAUUUGUAUGUCUUUCUGUACCUGGAGGUAAUUGAGUUAGUACAGUUCCUGACUCAAUUAUUUCUCAGGCACAGGGGAGGAGUUUGUAACUUGUAUAAAUUCUGUGACUGUGCUCCCAUUAAACAGAUGACUUCCCAGCAUUAAGCCUUGGCUCAUUUGUGGGGGGAAUUGCUAUACUGCUCUUUGGAUUAUUAUACUCUCUUGCAGGAGAGGUUUUCUCACUGGGAGCUGGAUCCAGGUGUUGGUCCAGGGUGGAAAGGGACGGCAAGACCCCAGCCAAGCUGCGGUGUCUAAGGGGAGACUACAGUGGUUAUGGUGUCUUGUGCGGUGCUUAUAGUACUUGGUAAUACUAGGAAGCGUGAUUGGCGGAGGUACCCAGUCGGGGUGCCAGGCGGUCCACCACACGGCCGGUCUCCAUUAGGGAGUUCCUGUACGAAUACCGUUAAAGGUAUUCCCUUGCUUCCAGGGAGUGAAUGCUCCCCCUGGUUGAUAUUCUCGUUCUCCCAAAAAGCACUCUCCUACCUGUUCGGGGCAGGUAGCGGUAGAGUUUCUCCAAUGUUUGCAAGGUCGUCUAUCCAAAAAGGGUUCCAGGUGUUCGACCUCGUCCCACUACCUGUGUUUUCAGGAGACAAGAUGGCCACCAGUCUCUCGACCAACGUGGGUUCGCUUACAAAAUGGCAGCCACCCAGGGAAAGCACUCAUUAAUUAUUUCCUUUUCGGUUUCACACUUAUGUGUUAAUCGAUGUUCUAGUGUUCUAAUAAAGUACAGACGAGGUUCCUAUGCAGAGCCAAACCAAGUGGGUUCAGGUACGAUAACUCCCGAAUGUAAGAAAAGUCAAAUAGUCACAAUUAACGGUACGUUCCACCACACUUAUAUUUUCUGGGAAAUACUAUCCGAGGGUAAGGCUCCAUGACCGAAAUAACAUAGCAUCAACUCAGAGGUAUAACCAAUGUAAUUAUAGAACUAAUGUAUACUGUUGUUAAAUGCCACUGUUAUACUUUUUGUUAUAUAAAUGCUAUGUUUGUAUGACACAUAAUUAAAAACUGCAAUAAUUAUCACUGCAGGGUUAAGGGGUCUGGUACACUGCACCCAGACCACUUCACUGAGCUGAAAUGGUCUGUGUACCUAUAGUAUUGCUGAAAGCUUGAUAUAGUAUUCAGCUGGUGAGAUAACUCAAUGGACUAAGGUAUCAUCAAUAGAAUCAGUUCAACCCUUGGGGCUCGUAGGUUCAAUUCCCGGCAGGGUUGACUCAGCCCAUCAUCCUUCCAAGGUAGAUAAAAUGAGUACCAUUAAAUUGGGUAAUAGUAACAUUCCCGGUUGUACUUGUAAACUAGAGUAAUCUGAAUGUACCUUUCCUGGUUAAAUGCUUUAUUUAUUAUUUUCUAAACCGCCAUAUAAUUGAUUCAUCCCUUAGUAUACAUGGCCCCUUUUUAUCUAGGUUGUUGUAGUGGGAUUGUGUUUAUAAUUUGGUGAAGUUGCUAUUUGUAACAUUUUAGUUGGAGUUAUCUUUUAUGCUGUGCUUAGAUACUAUUCUCUGUGUCCUGCGUGUAAGAGACACUAUAGUCACCAGCACAACUUCAGCUUAAUGAGGUUGUUCAGGUGAGAACAAUAGCUCCCUGUAGCCUCUCUCAUGUAAACACUGUAUUUUCUCAGAAAAUACAGUGUUCGCCUUGGAAGCUAGGAACACCUCCAGUUGCAGUCACUCAGACGGCCACCAGAAGGACUUCCAAGUUCAUGAAAGCCUAACUCGCAUUCCCCACGUUUGAUGUCUUCACGCUUGGGCGAAUACAUGAAACGUGAUUUCUAGAGACAGGAGGCACUGUGAACGUGCCUGUCAGCAAUCAGAGCCAACAGUGUGUGCGAUAACGACCUCCUGCACACAGCGUGGGCUCGAGCGGACAGGCAGAAGGCAGAAGACCGAGCAGGAGAAUCAAUUGACUUCAAACAGUAAGUAAACUUAUUUGAAAAAUUGAGAGCGAGAUUGAGUGAGUGUGAGUGAGAGAGAGAAAUAGAUAGAGAUAGAUAGUAUGAUAGAAAGAGAUAGAUGGAUAGAUAGCUAUAUAGAAAAAGAUGGAUAGAGAUAGAUAAUGUGUUUGUGUAUUUUUAACAAUACUUAUUUAAAAUGUGUUUGUAUACAAACACUAUGUAUAGAGAUAUCUCUAUAUAUAGUGUUUGCAUACAAACUUUUGGCUUAGGAGGGUUGCCGUAGGAGGGAGGCGGGCAUAGACAGCAAACUGAGAUGUCAGUCAGCUCAGCUCGCGAAUGCGCAUACUGCACACAUGCGCGGUAGAGCGCUCUGUUCAUUCAUAGGGCGGCAUUCAAUACUGCUCUAUGAAGAACCUGAUUGGUGCAGCGCGAAGCCGCGCGUGCGCACCACAGAGCGAUGACACUUCUCAAAGAGAAGCGUCUGAUUGGGCCCUGCUAUUUCGGCAUUGUGACGAAAAAUGGGGAGUGGCCUGCCGAGGAGCUUGGCGCUGUAACGGAGGUACGUUUUGUAGCGGAAUAGGCUUUGCCACAGUACUAGGGGCUGUCCAUACCCCUUGUGUUCCUUUAUUUUCCUGUGUUGCUACUGUUCGUUACUUGAGGAAGCAAGUAACAAAUUAUUACAUUAUGUCUUUACGUCUGGUUAUUCGGUAUUGUAAAGGAUCCUGUUAUCCCUGUAGGACCGAUCCUUGCAGCUUCACCCAAAAUCCCAGCAGAAUAGCGAAGUAGUGAUUAUAUCUCCCAAUUCCCCUAAACAUGAGUCGAGAGUUCAUGAAGGGGUAAAACGAUCUGCUUUAAUGCUGGCCACACUCGGCCUUUUAUGAUAGUCUCCCAGCAAGGAAACUUCCACAGGGGACCUUGUGGAAAACUGUGACACAAAAUACAGAACCAAUCGGGCUACAGUACAAUUAUUAAACACACCCACAGUAACAGUGAAACCCCUCCGCUCUAUCCUGGAGAUAAUUAACUUAAGUGGUUGGAGAGAACCUAAUUAUCUCCAGGUAGAGAGAAACAUGUCCUUUUUACAUUUUGACAAAACUGUAUUAAAAUCCAUAACUUAUUUUUCGCCAAACGUAGUCUCCAGGUUCCACAUACCCCCAGAUAGCUUGGAUCUGAGCGCACAGUAUAGACGAAUAGCGCUCAGAUCUGACGAACACAGUUCUCAAUGUCGUCGAGUAAAGUUUUUAGUUCACCGGUUGUUCGUGUAAUUGAAUCCGAAAACUACAGCUACCUGGGGUCGGUAUAGUUCGUAUGGUAGGAAAGUCCCAAACGGUAGAGUGUUCGUGAGUUAUUAGACAAAUGGACUGGAACUUGGUACGCUUCAGCGGUGUGCGGCUAAAUAAGUGUCCGAAAACAGUUGCAGGGUGUCAACGACCAUCUACCACUGAGCGUUCGCCGAUUUUAAAAUGGCAACUGCCACGAGUUUGGCAAACGACCACCAAGGCUUUCAACAAUUACUUGCAGUUAACCGCAAGGUCUGGGUGGUUAAUAAGCUGCACACGACUCUGGUGGGGGGUCGGGUGGUUCGGGAGUUUGUUCGGCUGUUUUACAAACAACACAAAAUAGUCUGUAAAAACAGGGAUUUCGUUACAGGUAUUAUCCCUAUUUCAGCUGACUUUCCCUAUAUAGUUCGACAAACGAACUAAGUACCGAACAACCAGGCCACCCAUGAGAAGAGCGUGGUGCCAAUUGUCCUUCCUAACCCUGUUCACACUUUCUUAACCACAAACACACAAACCAACUUGGUGAUCCCCCUGGGUGGCCGCCGUUCGUAUAUGCGAACUGAAUACGAACUGCAUUGGCGGGGUUUGGUCGUCGAGUGUCUGGAGCCCAAAUCGGACACUCAAUGGCACGAACACUGCAGAGACUUCCAUCCUUGGGUAAGUUUGUGUAAACUCAGGGGAACAGAGCGGUAUUCGGUGAAAAGAACCACACGAAUGAGAUGAGUUCAAAGAACUAAGGCACAAACCAGUUUUAUAUGCAAUUUUGUGUAUUUCAGACUCUCGAACGAAGACCGACCACACAGCCCAAACGCAUGGAACUAUUUUCAGCUUACAUCUCGUGUGCGGUCAGUAAAACUAAGACCUGCAUGGAAUUGUCGAACCCCUGAACCGAUCUGGAUGAUUUUUCAGUAUGUUGCUACCCGAGAUCAGGGCUAUCAGGGAAUGUGUGAAUUGUGGGAGUAGGAUAAGCUUUUUGGGUACUUCUGGAAAUGUAUAAAAAUUUUCAUUUGGAGAUAAUUGAGUUGAUACAGUAAUUAACUAAAUUAUCUCCUAAGCAGAGGGGAGGGAUUGUGUGGAAUGUAUGGGAGUGGCUCACUACCUGACUCUGUGUUUAUUGGCUGUGUACUAUUUUUACCUGUGCCCAACAAGGUCCACCUGGGUGGUAACCUUGGGAGAAAAACCUGCAUAAAAAGUCAGCCUGGUCCAUUAAAGUUCAGUUCUGUUCCUAAUACUGAGUGUCGUCCAGUUAUUAGGAAGGAUGAUGGUAGAUUCGUUGAUUAUUCUGCACAUAUGACUGUGUUCCUGAAGUAUCCUGCUUGUUCCUGAGUAGCUGUUGGAGUAACCAGCGGAGGAGAGUCCGGGCUAGGACUAGCGUUCGCUACAAGUUUAUAUCAUAAAAAGGGCUGAAAUGUAUUUAUUUUUAAUUUCAAACUAAUAUGAAAGCCAGAAAGAAGGCUAGGGGACCUGUCUUUCUUGCUUUUAUAUGUUGACUAUAGUGAUCCUUUAAUAAAGGAGAUAUUAUAUGUAUAUAUUUAUCUUGUCCAUUAUUUUGGAGCUCUCAAACUAUAUUGUUUGUUUGAAAGCAUUUGGGGCCACCAAUACAUAGCUGGUCUUUUUUAAUACUGUAGACAGAUCAAUUUGGGAGGUGGGAGAGCCUGUGAUUUGGAGGGACUGUUAUCAUAGCUGGGUGCUCUGGAAGGCACAUUACGGAUACCCACCAUAUUGUGCUAGUUUAUCACCUGUUUGUUUGUUUUUUACUAUAAACAAUAUAUUUUCAUUUGACUUUGAUCACAGUAACCUUUGUAACAUCCCUACCCUUCAAGGCUACGAUAUAUCAUUCCAGCCUUACCCACUACAGUCAUUCCUUUACAUCUGAUUUCCAGCCUGAUUGAAUUUGUUUUUUUCCGAUUGACUAGUGUUGGGUCUUUCACAGACACAUAGCAUAUCCGUCUGUCCCCCCUAAAAUCAGACAGAUUAUCUACCUGUUAAAGAAUAGAAUAAGCUUUUAGAUCACUUUUAUUCCCUAAGCAUGUGAAGAAAUGUAUAGACCUGCUUUAAUUUCUUCUUUAUUUUGACUUAUUUCCCAAUAUUCCCAACAUUAUCAUCAGUUGUUAAUUCAAUGAUUCGUUUAUGUUCCAGAGCAGAAUAUUACAUGUGUUAUAGAAGCUAAAAACAAGUAUUCGUUGACAAGUUAUUAAUCCAACAUUUAGCUAAUAUACCGCAAUCCUUACAAGACGGGUUGGUUCCUUAUAAUUCGUGAGACAUUAAGACAAGCUUAAAGGACCACUAUAGUGCCAGGAAAACAUACUCAUUUUCCUGGCACUAUAGUGCCCUGAGGGUGCCCCCACCCUCAGGGUCCCACUCCCGCCGCCUCGAUGGAGAGGAAAGGGGUUAAACUUACCUUUUUUCCAGUGCCAGGCGGGGAGCUCUCCUUCUCCUCUCCGCCUCCGAUCCUCCUCUUCGGCUGAAUGCGCAUGCGUGGCAGGAGCUGCGCGCGCAUUCAGCCGGUCUCAUAGGAAAGCAUUCAUAAUGCUUUCCUAUGGACGUUUGCGUCUUCUCACUGUGAUUUUCACAGUGAGAAGCACGCAAGCGCCUCUAGUGGCUGUCAAUGAGACAACCACUAGAGGCUUUAGAGGCUGGAUUAACCCAUUUAUAAACAUAGCUGUUUCUCUGAAGGGUUAAUCCUAGAGGAACCUGGCACCCAGACCACUUCAUUAAGCUGAAGUGGUCUGGGUGCCUAGAGUGGUCCUUUAAGUAAACAUGGAAGCUGUAGGGUGGGUGUUGUUAUCACUGUGUAUACGUAUAUGAAAUAAUUAACAAGAGUUUGUAACGGAUCCCUUAUACUCAGACUGAGUAAAUCCACUGUAGUUCUCCCAAAUCCCAAGUUAGCAGUGAUUAUAGCUUUGGUAUACCCAAACAUCAGCCUAGACUUGGCACUUUUAUACACAGCUAGGAUACAGCAAAACACGUCCAUAACACUCCCACAACACGCCCCUUAAUUUCUGUUUCAGAAGGACUAAGCAUCAAACAUAAAAAUGCCCAGAAACAUCAUGAAAAUAUAUACUAACCCCACAAAAAUUACAUCCUUAAAUAGCCCUGAUCUGAGCGCCCAAGUUCUCCAAAUAGCCAGGGCCGGCGCGUCCAUAAGGCAGCACAGGCGGCCGCCUUAGGGCGCACCGGCACUGGGGGCGCAAAAUUCCAGUGACCGGCAGGACCGGCAUCCCCUGCGCGGCGUGUGACUGAAUUGGAUUCCGAGGUGGCGAGGGAGCUCUGAUCUCUCUGAUCUGCUCCCUCACAGGCUAUUUACUGAUGACGUCAUAUUCCGGCUCCCGCGGCAUCAGUAAACAGCCUGCGAGGGAACAGAUCAGAGAGUUCAGAGCUCCCUAGCCACCUCGGAAUCCAAUUAAGCCGCACGCCUCCCAGCAGCCCCACUGGACCACCAAUGAGAGACCCACGCCAGCUCUCCUGGUAGGGAGGCUGGGUGGGAAAUUUAAAUUUAAUUUAGAUUAUUAAUUACUGUGAGUGUGUCGGUGAGUUUGUGUGUGUGUGUGUCUGUCAGUGUGUGUGUGAGUGAGUGUGUCUGUCAGUGUGUGUGUAUGUGUGUCUGUCAGUGUGUGUGAGUGAGUGUGUCUGUCAGUGUGUGUGUGAGUAUGUGUGUCUGUCAGUGUGUGUGAGUGUGUCUGUCAGUAUGUGCGUGUGUGCAUGUGAGUACAUGUUUGUCAGUGUCUGUGAGUUUGUGUGUGUGUCAGUGUGUGUUUGUCAAUGAGUCUGUCAGUGUUUGUGUGCCUGUCAGUGUGCGUGUGAGUGUCUGUCAAUGAAUGAGUGUGUCAGAUAAGUGAGUCUGGCUGUCACAGAUGUCUGUGUGUUUGUCACUGAGUGUGUGUGACUGUCAGUGUUUAUACACCCCUGACUGUAGCGUGGCCAAGCGGAGUGUACCGUGGUACAGGAACUUCUGUUUCCUGUACCUGGCCGGACUGACAGGAAAAGCUCACUGUACCGGGAUUCGCUCCGCUCAGCCACGCUACAAGAAAGGUAGGAGGUACACCAGGAAGGGGAGGGACCACUAUGGGGGUGGGUGGUGCACCAAGGGACAGGGAGAGGAGGGGAGAGAUACCCUAGGGUACAGGAAAAGGAGGGAGGGGGGAGAGGAACACUAAGUGACAGGGAACAGAGGGGGGAGGGGAGAGGAACACUAAGGGACAGGGAAAGGAGGGGGGAAGGGAAAGGAACACUGAGGAAUAGGAAAAGGAGGAGAGAGGGGAGAGGAACAGUAAGGGUCAGAGAAGGGAGGGGACCAUUAAGGGACAGGGAGAGGGGCUUAAUGUAAAAGAAACACACACCAGGGCUUGAGAAGGAAAGAGACACAAAGGAGCUGGGAAGAAUAAAAGACACAAAGGGGCUGGGAGAAAAGGAGUCACACAAAGGGGCUGGGAAGAGUAAGACACAAAAUGUGGGAGGAUGUAAGAGUCAUACAAAGAGAAGAGAUAGGAGACACACAAAGGCAAAGGGAGUCAGAUAUUUAAAAGACGGGAUAAGAAACACAAAAGGGAGGUUAAAAGGGACAUGGGUAAAGAUGUUUUUGGGGGGGCGGAAAAAUGCAUCUUCGCCUAUGUACCAAAAAUUCUUUGCACCGACCAUGCAAAUAGCACUCAGAUCCUUGCAGUGUAGGGGAAACGCCAACAUGUCAAGGUUUGGUGCUUUUGCCAGUCAAUUUCCAGGAGCUCCUGCAGCUGCAAUAUAGGGUGCUCCGCCUGGGUCUCCAGUAGCGUUUCUUCCCCUUAGUCUCAGACACCUUCCCAACAAAAAGCUCUUUCCUGGCGGAUUUAAAAGUGGUUCAAACCCCGGACCAAGUUGUUCGGGAUCUGCAUGGUCACCUAACACCAAAAAGUUCCAUAACAAUAGCAGCUAGUCUCUGGGAACCCACAAAGUCCUCAUUCCGAAAUUAGUUCCAUAGCGAUCGCGGCUAAGUACCGCUGAGGGCAAUUUGUCGAUUUCUUCAUGCGAACGGCAGCCAGCAAGCUAGUGUUAUAUUUGAAUGAAGGGAAAGUGCCGAACGAGGGGCACCCAUAAAAAGCUGCUAAUGGCGGCUAGGGAGAUUUAACUCCCAAACAGUAUGUGGCCCAUAGUCCUUGGGCAGGAGGCUAGCUAGCAGGCUCCUCCAGGAGCUCGUGACAAACGUCCAGGGUAAGGAGCGUUUGUCACAAUGUUGAUUGCUGAUAUAUACGAUUACACUGGAUCCUUACAUAAUACUGGUACUUACCCCACAGUUCGUUUAAAGAUCCGCUGUAGUCGGUAUUUGUUUUUAAUACACCAUCUACGUGAUAUUUCACAAGUGUGAAUUCUAUAUAUGUUUAUUUGCUCAUUCUUUAACAUAAUUUCAUAAAAGCAACGUUUUAUAGUAUUUUUGAUUCGUUUUAUAUUCUACUCAUCUCCACUAACUCACAGCGGAGAACUCCUUGUUUUCAUUUUCAUUAUUGGAGGUUAUUAAGGUUUCUCGAGUUUCUGUAUUUUUUCAAAUUAGCUUAUUUCUUUUUUUUCUAUUUUGACAUUCACAAUCACACACAAUUAUACACAUACACAAUCACACUUAUACCCACAGAUCUACAUACACAUAUACACAAACACUCACAACCCCACUCACAGACGCACAAAAUCACACACAUAUGCACUAAAAUACAAAUACACACACAAUCAUACACAUACAGUCACACAAAUACAUGUACACACACACAUAAACAUUACACAGACAAGCAAUCGCACGCAGACACAUACACAAUCACACACAGACACAUACAAAGACACACAAUCACAUACUUUGACACAAAAUCACACACAGAAACAUACAAAGACACACAAUCACUUGCAUAAACACAUCCUUUCCUGUGUUUAUUGAUCUCUGUGUGACACACGAUUCAUGUGCUUAUAAUGUCUUUCAGAUGUUGGGAUAUAAAUUCUAAUGCCAGCAUCUGGUGGAUUAUCCGAGGACCAGUGAUUCUGUCCAUAUUUGUGAGUAUGAUAUAAAGACACCGUACGGGGUGGGAACAAAUGCAUGGAAGCGGUUCAAUGUGCAGUGAGUGUGCAUAGAAUAUUUCAUUUUAAAUUAUGUUUAUAUCAUGCUUUUAUUUUCAAUGUCCGUUUGCUUAAAGAAACACUCAAUAAUCGCUACAGCCAAUGGUAGUGGUUAUGGUGCCAGCCCCUUCCAGAGUAAUUUGUUACCUUGGCCCAUGGGAGUCUGGAAGCAGGCAGGGUGGUGUUGGGCUCUGGGUGGGACCCAAGUAUGUUAUCUAAAACAGGGAAGGCACUCCUGGCAAUAUGCUGUAGCGGACCAUGGGUAACCCGACUGGUUACCUCCACUAAUUCCUUCCUUCAGCGACUCUGGAACCAUUAACUAUUCCCCCAGUAACCAGACAAAAGAGUCAACUGAUUUAACUAGACACAGCACACAUAGUGUAAGACCCCCAACAGCCCCAUUUACAUACAAUAGGUUACAUAGUACAAGGAAGGGUGAGGUCAGACAAUAGCAAGGGCUGAUGGGAGAUUGAGGAGGGACAGGGCUCAAACAAGCAAUACAUUAAAUAUACCCUGCACCAAUAAUGGACACAGCGAGAGUUAUCCAAAAUACAAAAGGAAUCUGGGGACCCACAUAGUUGGUUCUGUAAACGAACGGGGGGUACGGACAGCCGAACAAAAGGGAAUAAAAGUGUAGCGAGAGCAUCCAUUCCGCUACAUAUGCUGUAGUGGUUAUGGUGCUGGAAGUGUUUCUACAAUCCCAGUAAUAAUUGCUUGAGUCUGGCAAUGAUAAUAGCUGUCACCAGGUGGCGACAUUGUAGCACUAAAGAGCAAGUUACCUGCACACAAUUCCAGAUCCCUAUAUAUCAGCCCAAACCGAUGGCCGAGCUAUUGGAUUUAUUCUGCGUAUUUUGGUUGAUAAAUGGAGUCACUACUGCCGUCCAAGAGUAGGGGUUUAAGCACCCGGGCUUAUUUCUCUUUAUUGAUAUUGUAAUUAUUUCACCAAUAUUUUUGUGGCGUUUAAUAUAUAUAAAUUUAGUAAAUCACUCCAAAAGGUUUUCAUAAUCUUAAAUACAGUGUGUAAUAGUGCGGCCACCAUUAAACAGUGUGCAGGUAGGUAGCAGUGUGUGACAGGCGUAAUACCCUUGCAGUACUAGAUCCUUGCGUGAAAUAGCAGCAUGCAACCAAUAGUUAAUAAUAAUAAUAAUAAUGUUUCAUUAAAACAUGACGCGAUUCAUUAUUGGUGUGUUGUAUUAAGAGAAGCGUGCAGAAAUGGUGUAUUUUAUACAAAGAGGCAGAAGCAGGAAUAUGGACACUAUCCAGCGCACAGGAGUGGGGUCUCAGAUACUGAGGGGCAUGCAGAGGUAGAAUGUUGAAGACAAUGUGUCAUGUCCCAGCACCUAUUCGAUAUUGUGACAAACCGAACCUCGUCACAGGCUCCUGGAGGAGCCUGCUAUAUUAUGGGCCAUGCAAAAUACACUGAAAAAAGGCUUGGUUUGUGCAAUUUGGCUUAUAUUGUUCGGUAACCGAACAGCUGCACGAACCAGAGACCACCCAGGUGCUUGUUAAGCCCAAUUGAUACUUUGUAGCAAUUUCCACCGCAAAGUGCUUUGUCUGGGUGGCUGCAUUUCAUAUGAACGACCACAAGGUGGCAGCCAUCUUGUUCCCCCGAAUGCAGUCAGCUGUUUUUGGGCAUAAAUCUCAUGGAACUAAAAUCGGACACAGAAACUCCCGAACACUGCUGGACUUCCAUCAUCGCCUGCAUCCGGUUCUACCCCACUUAGAAAGGCACUGUUCAGUGGAAACGUUCCCACGAACAAGGGGAACAGGCUACACAAGUAACUUAAGGAUUCUGUUCGAUAUUUUAUGUACUAUUGUGCUCCCUAAAGAGGCCGACCGUUGGACCUUAUUUCCUGGAACUGUUUUGGGCAUAGGACCAUGUGCGAUUGGUCAAAUAAUUGACUUCCACGAAAAUCCCGAACCCAUGAACCGAUCUGGGUGAUUUUUGGAUCUGGGCUAUCAGGAGCUGUGGGGUUUUCAUGUGUUUUGGGGGUAUUUUGGGGUUUUUGUUAUAUUGUAUGUUUUUGUACCUGAGAGAUAAUUUAAUUAUAUGUUAAGGAACUCCCUUACAUGGGUAGUUACAUAAAAAGCCGUGUGUGGCUCCCAUUAAACACAUUCGUUUUACCCCUUCAUGAAGUCUAGGCUCAUGUUUGGGGGAUUGGAGAGCUCUAAUCACUAAUCUGCUGGAAACAGGAGAGCUAUAAUCACUGCAGCACUUGGGAUUUGGAUAUACUCAGCCGGAGUAUAGGGGAUCCGUUACAGAGGGUAUUCGAUACAAUGCGUUAUACACCAGAGGGUAUUCGAUACAAUGCAUUAUACACCAGUGGGUAUUUGAUACAAUGCGUUAUACACCAGUGGGUAAUCUAUACAAUGCGUUAUACACCAGAGGGUAUUCGAUACAAUGUGUUAUACUCCAGUGGGGAGCCGAUACAAUGCUUUAUACACCAGAGGGUAUUCGAUACAAUGCGUUAUACACCAGUCGGUAUUCGACACAAUGCGUUAUACACCAGAGGGUAUUUGACACAAUGCGUUAUACACCAGAGGGUAUUCGAUACAAUGUGUUAUACACCAGAGGGUAUUUGACAAAAUGCGUUAUACACCAGAGGGUAUUCGAUACAAUGUGUUAUACACCAGAGGGUAUUCGACACAAUGCGUCAUGUGUCACCAGGACAUCAAAUACAUGGCAGUAAUGCAAUAACGUCACUGUUGUGUCGAAUGCAGUAACAAAGUGUUGCAUUCAGUGUUAAGGUUUGUGCUGUCACUUUUCAGAUUAAUUUCAUCCUCUUUGUGAGAAUUAUUCGAAUCCUAAUGAAGAAGCUGAGGACGUCUGAUGUCUGGGGGAAUGAUUUUGGACAAUAUAAGUGAGUGACAAGCCUGCGAAGGUUAACACCUGUUCUAGGUGAUUCUCACUGUUUUAUUGAAUGGUGUAAGUUUCCCCUAUAAGCCGUGUCUGUGUUUGCAGGCGGCUGGCGCGGUCCACUCUGCUCCUGAUCCCCCUUUUUGGUGUGCAUUAUAUCAUCUUCGCCUUCUUUCCUGAGGAUGUGAGCAGUGGCACUGUGGAGAUCCGUCUGUCCUUUGAACUGGCUCUUGGGUCUUUCCAGGUGAGUUUGUGGGGACAGAACUGCGACAUUGGACUUUGGGUUGAAGCUGUAUGUAACAGUAACAUGGGAAGUACCCCACAGGGGGGGGUGGUCUAGUCAGACUCACAUUAAGCCUUGUUACUGCAGGGGCGCAGGUUGGAACGGAAGUAGAUCUCUGCUACCGUAGGCUGACAAUAUCACAGGAUGAGCUGUCACGGACACUGCGGAUUUUAUAAAAAACAGUUAUUACACAGCUCACGCAAUACAGUAAUAAACAGACAUAUACUAAUAUUAGACUACAUCCCAUAUUUAAUGCCAGUAACAUGUUUUCUCUCCUGGUUACUUAAUGAAUCAUUUUAAGUUGAAAAAAACACUUUCUCACAGUGUAACUCUAUGGGAAGUGGAUAUAACAGCGGGAAUCAAUAUAGGACUAACCAGCACUUCCACGUCUGCCGCUAGAUGUAUUCCAGGUCAGAGGUGAUAAUUAGGCGAUUUCGGUGGCUGCCUAAGGCUUUGGCCUAAAAUUCGCCUUAGGUGACCUAGAACCCGACACCAGGAGGGGGCCCGGCAGCUUGCUCAGUAUGCCACCGGUUGCGAGGCCCCUCCAGUCUGCCGGGAAUAGAGCGCCCAUAGCAGACACCAGUCUGCAGCUCUGCCGGGUGCAGAGCUGCAGACCUUGUGUCUCGCAACAGCUGGCUAAUCAGAGUGUUGCCGCGGGUUUUAGCAACGCUCUAACCGGGUCUUGCAAGAUACAUGGUCUUCAGCUCUGCACAUUGCGGAGCUGCAGACCUGAUAUCACCACUGGACCACCAGGGUAUGAAGGACACUCCCUCUAACACACCAUUACCCCACUCCCUCACAGUAUUAUACCCAACCACACAGUAUAACCCACUCCCUCACAGUAUUACACCCAACCACACAGUAUAACCCACUGCCUCACACCAUCACCCAUUGUCCCUCACACUACCACUCCCCUUCCUCACACUGUACCUCCUGUCCCCCACAGGGUCACUCACACACACAGUGUCACCCCCUCACACACCCUCAACCCCCUCACACACACUGUCACCCUCCCACACACUGUAGUGUCACCAUACUCUCGCACACUAUCAACAUCCCCACACAUUGUCACCACUCACACAUUGUCUUCCACACCCCCACACUUUCAGUCCCUUCAUGCAUCCACACUUACAUUAACCACUCCUAAUCCUGCCACACUCUCAUUUGCCCUUGCUCUACCACACUCACCCUGUCAAAUUAACCACCCUAAUUCAAUCACACUCACCUUGUCACACUCUCCCCGAACCCUCCCACACUUAUCCUGUCACAUUAAUGCCUCUAAUACUGUCACACUCUGCCACACUCACCCUGUCACAGUAACACCCCUUAAUCCUGUCACACUUCCUCCUCCAACCAUGCUACAUUCACCCUUCACCCCAACUAUGCCACACUUACCCUGUCACAUUAACCCCUCCAAUCCUGUUACACUCAUCCCUCCUACCAUGCCACUAUUGCCCUGACACAUUUACCUCCACUCGCCCUGUCACACUACCUUAUCAAACCAUGUCAUACUUGCCCUCCCUCAUUCUCUCUCACAACCCCCACCCUGUCCCAUUUGCCUCCUUCGUCCUGUCACACUUUCCCUGCCACUGGUACCCUUUACUUACACUGUCACAGUCACCAGCUGAAGAGAUACAUCAUACAUACUUUAUUAUUUGGUAAAUUAUUUUUUAAAAGCUUUUUUGCUCAAACAAAAUGUUCAUUUUUGUUUUUGAUAACCCCUUCACACCUGUACUUAUGUAUACACGACUGGCAAGCUAUGCAACCAUACUCCACAAUUGUGGCAUAACUGCAAAUUAAGCUAUAGCUACAACCAGAGAGCUCACAAUGCAGGGGCACAGGAAGCCGUGACACUGCGAGCUUCUGAACAAUGAAUGCAGAGACUGACUCUGUAUCCAGCGCUGCAAGUCCGCCUUUCAAUAUAGCGACUGCUCCUUACACUCACACAAAAUACAGCCCUAUUAUUUUAUACUUUGGGUGUUAGUGGGGCCUCAUGCUUGAAUUUCGCCUAGGGACUCAAAGUCUAGAGCCGCCUCUGUUCCAGGUUACAGUUCAAUGAUUUUCUCAUAGUUUCUCUGCGUUGCUGUGUUACUGUGUGCUGUUUUCGCAGGGUUUCGUGGUGGCUGUGCUGUACUGCUUCCUUAAUGGAGAGGUAAGAGAAUUAUUUGAAAAUUUACCCCAAAAUGUCACACCACGUUUUUAUACCUUUGUUAGGAAAAAAAAAAGACAAUAUGAUCUUUCCAUCCUGGGAGUUAAAACGUACUGUAUCUUGCUGGCUUGUUUUGCUGCAGACUGACAUUGAUCAAGGUUAAACUGUCCUCUAGAAUUAUUCUCAGAUCCUCUUCCUUUAACCAUUUCCAUAACUUUGUCUGUUUUAAAGUACGCCCUAUUUCCUAAACUGAAAUAAAAGACACAGGAAAGAAGCACUUCCACGAUUGAAUGUUUGUCUGUGCUAGUGCGAAAAAAUUACCUCCUCAUAUCAAUAUAACAUAAAGGAUUCCCCCAAACCUUUAUUUAAACCUGUGGAUAAUGCCAUAUCGUGUGCUUCUCCUGGUGCUGGUCGGCACACCCCAUCUGACAUCACAGAGGAACCUUUGAUUUACCAUUUAACCUGCAGGCGCGCAAUAUGACCCGGGAAGGGGGAGCACAUAUCACAUUUGAUUGGGAGGUAGAUACAGUUAAUGAGGUAGGAGUGAGGGAUGGGAUACAGUGCGUGCUGACGACAGACAGUUUAAAUGCACAGAAUUUACAUUAGGCAAUCCGGAACAGAGUUUGGGGCUGCCAAUACCACAUGUACUGGGGGUGUAACAAGCCCCCCAGCAAACAAUGAAAAAUAUACCAGUAUUUCAGCAAUGGAUAUUUCCUAUACUGUUUGGCAUUUGAAUCAAUCAAUUCCUGACAAUUGUCACUCCAGUAAAUAACUCAGUAAGUGUUGGCAGCCCUGAUAUCUGUGUGAUUUUUACAAAUUGCUGCUGCUAUAGCUCAUUGAUUGUGGGCUCCAUGCACUGUAAGCACCUAGCUAUUUUCAGUAAUGCGAAGUGGUUAUAGUACUUAGACUAUAGAUGAAUACAGAAUGCGCGAUAUAUAACUGAGAAGGAAUCAAUAAAGACAAAUAUUGAUAAGCGCAAUGCAAUCUGUGGUGGGUAAAUAUGGCUGCAAACUCGAUAAACCGGGGGAUUCCCUUUGACCCCUGAUACAUACAGACAAACGAAAAGAUAGCAAUAGAUAUAUGAAAAAAGUGCAACCAGAUAAAGUCCACAAUGUUUAGUCUCCACUAUUCUUGUUUCUAGUAUAGUUGGACAUCACUCCAUAGGUACAUACAAAAAAACAGAGAUAAAAAACAAUGGUGCAGAUUUAAACAGGGGAAUCUACAUUGUAUAACUCAUGUGAAUGUCUCAUUUAGAAGAGCUUCAAAUUAGCUCAGAUCUUAAUAGCAUGCAAUAUAAUGAGUAGAUAUGUAUCUUUGGUAAGUGACAUCCAGUAGUGACUAACAGUGCACAAAUGGUAUGUUUCUCAAAAAAAAAAAUUAGUGUAAUACUGUAAAUGUGUUUAAAAAGUGAGAAAGGGUAAAUUUUACACUUACAAGGAAGGAGCUUUCAACACGAGCUCAAUGUAUCGGACAAGCAUAGCAAUCCCUUGUAGCAGAUUCCCCCAAUAAGAGAUGGCACUCAAAACUGAGGGUGAAGUAGAACUGAACUUUUAAUUAAACUUAUGCUUUUAUGCACAUUUUACACACAUAGUACUGCCCACAGGGUUUUGCAAAACAACCAAUCAAUACGUACAAUACACUCAGACACUCCCAGCAAUUUUCCAGCCCAAACCAGUUCCACAGAGUCCUCUCCUGGAGAUAAUUGGCUUAACUAGGUGUGGUAAGCCAACUAUCUCCAGGUACAUAAAAUAUCUCUAUUCACAACAGCAAAAAUACCCAAAAAUACAUAACUCCUAUCAUACUGAACAGAUAGCUUGGAUCUGAGCACUCAAUAUAUCCAAACAGCACUCGGAUCCCACAAACACAGUCAAAUCGUCAUGGGGUUAAACCAUAGCAAGGGCUGAUGAGAGACAGAGGAGGGGCAAAACAGCAAGUUCCACCUGGUCUGGCAGUGUCCCUGAGACAACGUCCUGCUGGAACAAUAGACAGGAAACGGGGGAAGGGCACACCUUCCCAUGUAUUUAAAGGGGCAGAAAAAGUGUUUCAAAAUGCAAUAAGCCCAAAUACAUUUCUUAAAGGGCAAUACAUCCUAGGGGCCAUAGUCACAUGGCAGGAGGCUGGCAAUCAGUCUUCUCCAAUGCCCAGUGGUGAGGCUGGUUCCGCCACACUGAGAAAACUAUUAAAACUUGUCUUUGACAGGGUUGCUUCCAUCUCUCUCUCUCUCUCUGAUAGAAAAAUCUGAGCAGACCAUGUUGGGGAUAAAAUCAGCCCGGGCCCUUUGUGGAUGAUGGAUAUUUGCCAACUCAUUCAGAGCUCUGAAAAUUGGAAACGAAUAGCAGAGAUUUGUUCAAUAGCCAAUUCAAAUUUUAUUAUAUGUCAGUUAUAUUUAUACCCCUUUUUCAUAGCAGGAUGGGAGGGGAAUAAAUGAGCAUAUGGGCGUGACAAUGAUAACAAUGACAUAGAUUGUUUUUCACAAGUUAUGAGCAGCUGUUUCUCGUUAUCCUACAUUAUAUAACGCACGUAUAUUUGAUAAAAACCAGAUAUUUACAAAUAUCAAAAUCUUGGACAAUUAACAAGAACAUUUGGAAAUCAGUAUGGUCAUUCUCGUAAAUGAUAUUAGAUAAAUUCUUCCCAGAAUCGAAGAUACAAUUUUAAGUUUAAAUUAACCCUUAUAUCAACAGCUAGGAUAGAUAGUGAGAUGGAUAUUUGUAUCUACAGACCACACUGCUCAAAAAGUGUGAGUAUGUUUCUUUUAAUAUUCCUGGCACUUUCUAUUCAUAUGGAGAGCACUAUUAUCCAUUACAUGUACUAUCAAUACUAAAGAUCACAGAAUCUAAAGAUAUCCAUAGGUAGGGAUUAUGUUACCAUUUUCCCCAAUACAUUGAGCUCAUGUUGAAAGCUCCUUCAUUCCUUUUUAACACAUUUACAGUAUUACACUAUUGUUUUUUUUGAGAAACAUACCAUUUGUGCACUAUUAGUCACUACUGGAUGUCACUUACCAAAGAUACAUAUCUACUCAUUAUAUUGCAUGCUAUUAAGAUCUGAGCUAAUUUGAAGCUCUUCUGAAUGUGAGUGAACAUUCACAAAAGUUAUAAAAUGUAGAUUAAAUCUGCACCAUUGUUUUUUUUCUCUCUGCUUUUUUUUGUAUGUACCGAUAGAGUGAAGCCCAACUAUACUAGAAACAAGAAUAGUGGAGACUAAACAUUGUGGACUUGAUCCGAUUGGACUUUUUACAUAAUUAUACGAGGAAAACAAAAAGAAUUAACCUAGGGCCAAAAUUUAGAUAUCACAAGGUAGAGGGCACAAAAAAGGGGGGUAACCCCUAAAUGGUGAAUAUCAUAGAGAAUAAACAAAAAAAGAAACAAAUGCCAUUCUACCUGUGUAUGAUUUACUGAGAAGAUUGUAGAUUAAAAAGUAACUUUUAAUAAAUAAAUCUAAAAUAAGAAUAUAAAAAAAAGAAAAAUAAUAUGAACAGCAGGAGUAAAUGGAGACUAUACAGCGAGUAAAACUCUGUGACUACUUAUACAAGCUGUAAAAGUGUAUACGUAAUAACACUAAUGCUGAAGCAAUACUGUUUAGCUACAACAUAACAUCAGUGUAUUCCCAAGUAAUAGAAGUGAUACUGUAUUAUAUAUCACUAAUAGCUGUAACAAGAGGGGGGGAGAUAAGACAGCUGCUAAACCAGUGCUGUCAAUAGUUAAAAGAUAUGGAUAAGUAAAUCCCUACAAGAUAGUACAACUAACAACAUGGGUUAACUCCACAUACAAUAAUUGAUAAUGUUCUAUGGUGCUUAACCUCAGAAAGAUCAAAGAUAAUGGUUCAGCUAAGACAGAUUUCUGGCAGGCGGCGAUUAGCCAGUUAAAUAUCACAAAAGCUGCCUAGAUCAUAGCAGCAUUUUAAUAAUAAAUUAAAGAUUGCUGUCAAGCAGUAAAGUGUAAAAUAAGGGGUUGCUGACCUGGCUCCGUUUUUUUCCUGCAAGAUACCUAGCAGUAUAUUCUAGUGUAACAACAGCUGCCUGCACUGAAUGAUGUUAACUUAUGCUUGACCACAGCGGAGCACAAAGUAGUAGCUCACCUGUGAAGGACUGCUGACAGGCAGCAGUUAACCGGUUAAAAAUCACACAAGUUGCCUAAAUGCUAGCUGCAUCUAAAUAAUAGGUCAAAGUAUAAAGAGAGGGUUUACAAACAGUUUUGAACAGGUUGCCUAGGUAGUAGAAAAUAUACAGACAGUGACAGAGGAAGGCGUAUAGAAUAAAGAUUCCUGAGUCUUGUGCCUUCGAGGGCACCCCUUAAUAAAAUGCCUGGUCUUAUCAAUCUCCCCCCAUACACAUAAUAAAGGAAAAAGAAAGAGAAAUAAAGUAUGUACAGAGUACACAAAAUUAGUGUUAAGAGUCUCCAAUAUGCACUCCUGAAAUGCUGGACAUGAAUGAACUUGAUGUCGGUAAUAUAGCAAUAGAUAAGCAGAGAGUUAGGUGCCGACACCAAUAAUGUGUCAGUAAGUGUCCAGAGCCCCUGACGUGCACGUUUCGCCAGUGAAGCUCAUCAGAGGGGAACCAGAUGCUGGCAAACAUAGGAGCAUUUAAAUCAUAAGCUCUCAAUUGAUUGGAGGAUUUUCAGGAUUCUGACCAAUGGUAGCUUGGGGAGGGAAUCUCAACUAUUAAGAAAUAAUUGACUAAUUAACCCUAUGUUGACCUGAAUCUUAUGGUUUUUUUAUAUUUUAUUUUUUACUGAAUGUUAAAAAGAUUGAUUAUAAAAAAGAAAAGAAAAGGUGGAAAAGUGUAAGUAACAGUAAUUCUCAAAAUGACAAUAAUGUCAUUAUUUUAACUUAUAUGUGAUUAACAAUAGUGACAUAGUUGAACGAACAUAGCAACGUUUAUCUGCUAAACUGUUUACUAAUUAGUGCAGAAUAUAUUAGUAGAUUCCUAAACUUGUUGGCUAAAAUGUAACAUUAAUGAAAGUUUUUAGGAUUUUAAGAUUUUAGGAAAGAGAAUGUUUGUAAUAGACCUAAAUUAAUAUUGAUAAUAAUUAUGCAUUUAUUUGUGAAUAAAGGGGGUAAAAUUAAAUUCUUCAUUUAGUCCUAAGGGAAAUAAGGUCUUACAUUCACGUAUCCAUCUGGAUUCUUUCCUUAAUAGGGUGAGAUUAAAAUUACCCUUUCUAGUGUUCAGGUGGAUACGUUCUAAAACCUGAAACGUAAGAUGAGAUGCAAAUACAAAAGAAUAAUAUACUGGCGCUAUACAAUAAUUUCACAGUAUAUAACUAUGCUAUUAGCUGCUAUAUCACCACGUGUAGUCUUUCCAUAUACACCAACCACAGAACAAAAAUAACGAAAGGUGAAGCGCUACAUACAAGUUGAAGUCCAAUUGUUUUAACUGUCGUUCUUGUCGAUCAGUAUUUUCUUAGUGGUAUAUGGAUCUUAUUCUAAAGAGAAAAUUAGAAUAUACUUAGUGCAACACUGUAAAAAAUACUUUUGACACAAUGUAAACUCUAUUUAUGGAACCACUCACAUAUUACUGAGCUUACGACCAAGCUCAGGGGUAUACACCUUCAGGUCCGUAAAGGCGACCUUUCACCUUCUUUCAUCCAAAUGACAAAUUCCCUGUUGCGGCUAGGGCUCAAGCAGAGAUAUAUAUGGUGCAAUAUAGUUUCAAAUCCGUUUAUAAAGUAAGAAAAUAUGUAUAUAUACUCACAAGUCUGGAGCCAUCCUCUUAGGCUCUUUUCCAAAGCGUUGUGUAGUUUAGGACUACACACCUAAUAGCAGGAACCGAUAUCCCAGUAUGAAUAACACAAAAAUAUGUUUAUUGUAUUUAAAAUUCUAAUGGCCAAUUAGAAUCAAUAAAAACAAAAUAUGAUGAAUAUACAGUAAUAUACAGUAAUAUAAAAAUCUGGGCAUAAAGGUAGUAUAAAACAAUCCCCAGGUCUGGGGAUUGUUUUAUACUACCUUUAUGCCCAGAUUUUUAUAUUACUGUAUAUUACUGUAUAUUCAUCAUAUUUUGUUUUUAUUGAUUCUAAUUGGCCAUUAGAAUUUUAAAUACAAUAAACAUAUUUUUGUGUUAUUCAUACUGGGAUAUCGGUUCCUGCUAUUAGGUGUGUAGUCCUAAACUACACAACGCUUUGGAAAAGAGCCUAAGAGGAUGGCUCCAGACUUGUGAGUAUAUAUACAUAUUUUCUUACUUUAUAAACGGAUUUGAAACUAUAUUGCACCAUAUAUAUCUCUGCUUGAGCCCUAGCCGCAACAGGGAAUUUGUCAUUUGGAUGAAAGAAGGUGAAAGGUCGCCUUUACGGACCUGAAGGUGUAUACCCCUGAGCUUGGUCGUAAGCUCAGUAAUAUGUGAGUGGUUCCAUAAAUAGAGUUUACAUUGUGUCAAAAGUAUUUUUUACAGUGUUGCACUAAGUAUAUUCUAAUUUUCUCUUUAGAAUAAGAUCCAUAUACCACUAAGAAAAUACUGAUCGACAAGAACGACAGUUAAAACAAUUGGACUUCAACUUGUAUGUAGCGCUUCACCUUUCGUUAUUUUUGUAAGAUGAGAUGCAUCCGAGUUAUGGAAGUUCCUUAUGUGAUUGGAGACGGGAGUGGAAAUGUUUAGGUUUGAGACUGAAUUCACAUGUUGUAGGAUUCUCCUUCUCAAUUCUUGGAAGGUUUUUCCUAUAUAUUGUAGUUUACAGCUACAAGUAAUGAUGUAAACUACUUUUGUGGUGCUGCAAUUAAAAUCAUUAAUCGGAUAUGUUUUCUGCGUAUUGGUGCAUAGGACUGAUUUUGAAGGUUUAAUAAACCUACAUGCCUUACAUUUCCCACAUCUAAAGAUUCCCUUUGUUUCUUGUAGCCAUGUCUUAGGUGAUUGUUUUGGUUCAAGAUGACUAUGAACUAGCAGGUCACGCAGAUUAUUAGCUCGUCUUGCUGUGAUACUUGGGAAUAUAUAAAGAUUACUGGCCACCUCUUUAUUGUGGGUGAGUAUCGGCCAAUUGUCUGCAUAGAUUUUUCGAAUGGGAUUCCAUAGUUGAUCAUAAGUGCCUAUGCAUCUAAUUGUAGGUUUAGUAACCUUCACUUUGUAAUUUCUGAGACUAGUCGAUCUGUCCAUACUGGAGACUCGUUGGAAUGCCUUUUUAAGGAUUUUAUUUUAAUAGCCUUGCUGUUUGAAGCGAAGCCUUAGGUUCUUAGCUUCUUUUAUAAAGGUUUCUUCUUUCGAGCAGUUUCUUUUUGCCCUCAGGUAUUGCCCGUAGGGAAUACCUGCCUUGAGUUUGUAAGGGUGAUGGCUGUUCCAAUGUAAGAAAUUGUUGCACGAAGUAGGUUUUCUGUAAAGUUCGGUAUCUACUUCACCCCCUUGAGAUAGAUUAAUAACCAAAUCCAGAAAUUCUAGUCUGUCCUCACUGAUGACAUGAGUUAAUUGUAGGCCAAUAGUGUUGAUGUUCAGUAUCGAGACAAGUUCCUCGAACUGUAUUACUGAGCCAGUCCAAAAUACCAGGACAUCAUCAAUGUAACGAUGCCAACUAAUGAUGAAUUUAUCAAAUCCUGUCUGUAACGUAUUUUUCAAAAUUGUGGCUUCCCACCACCCUAAAUACAGAUUAGCGUAACUAGGGGCACAAGCACUUCCCAUGGCCGUGCCCCUAGUUUGCAGGUAGUAGGUGCCGUUGAACACAAAAUAAUUGUGAGUUAGUAUAAAGUUCAAUAGUUCCAUAAGGAAAUCCUUUUGGGACGCUGUAAUUUUGGAUGAUUUUUCUAAAAAAUAUUGGGUGGCUUCAAGGCCUACUUUGUGAGGGAUGUUAUUGUAUAAAGAGACUACAUCCAUGCUUGCUAGAAGAGUGUAUGGGGGGACAGUGAGAUUACCAAGAGUGAGUAAUGUCUGUUUGGUGUCCUGAAUAUAAGAUGGAAGAUCACUUACAAAUGGGUGGAGUAUUUUCUCCAUGAAUUUGCUCGCUUGUUCUGUGAGCGAGUUAUUACCCGAAAUUAUUGGUCUUCCUGGUGGAUUGUUUUUGUGAAUUGUGAAAACUUCAAGAGUUUUAGUCGCUGUAUAGUCUCCAUUUACUCCUGCUGUUCAUAUUAUUUUUCUUUUUUUUUAUAUUCUUAUUUUAGAUUUAUUUAUUAAAAGUUACUUUUUAAUCUACAAUCUUCUCAGUAAAUCAUACACAGGUAGAAUGGCAUUUGUUUCUUUUUUUGUUUAUUCUCUAUGACUUUUUACAUAAUUUUCAGCUAUUGCUAUUUGGUAAUAUAUAACUGCGUUUUAAGCUUUUAACCCCGUCUUUCACACAUUCAGGCAGAGUAUAGCAAGUGUAACUGGCAAUGUCUCUGUUUGCCCAGGUUCAGUUUGAGAUCCAGCGUAAGUGGCGAAGAUGGCAUCUGAGGAAAUAUUUCUGGCUGAGGCAACAUAAAAACUCAACUGUGAGCAACGGCACAACCAUGUUAACCCAAGUCAUGCUGGUCAGCCGGAGCAGUCACCGCAAAUCCUCCCUCCAGCGAUCAAGCAUCAUGUGA